ACAGACCUCCUCCGAUCUGAGAGCCCCCCUGCCGGUGUGAUGAUUGAAACAGACUGUCCCGCAGCCUCUUGCUAUGAGAUGGUGAAUGAAACAGCCUCUUGCUGUGAGAGAACAGAAGCCACUGCUGAAGAGACUGAGUCCACUAAGACCCUGCUACGUUGGAGGCUCAACCACCCGCGCAAACACCACUGGUGGCUGGAUGUACACAGCAUUGAAAACCUACCAGUCUCCAUUAAAAAAGGUAACCAAAUCUUACAAACUUUUGUGAAGCAGAUUGUGAAAGAUCCAGCUGUUUAACAUUUGUUGAUAUCAAUACAGGACUCUGAUUUGAAUCUAUUGUGGGAAAACAUUGUAGCCUUCUGUUUUCAUGUUAUAUAUAUAUAUAUAUAUAUAUAUAUAUAUAUAUAUAUAUAUAUAUAUAUAUAUAUAUAUAUAUAUAUAUAUAUAGUGGGGAGAACAAGUAUUUGAUACACUGCCGAUUUUGCAGGUUUUCCUACUUACAAAGCAUGUAGAGGUCUGUAAUUUUUUAUCAUAGGUUAACUUCAACUGUGAGAGACGGAAUCUAAAACAAAAAUCCAGAAAUUCACAUUGUAUGAUUUUUCAGUAAUUAAUUUGCAUUUUAUUGCAUGAAAUAAGUAUUUGAUCACCUACCAACCAGUAAGAAUUCCGGCUCUCACAGACCUGUUAGUGUUUCUUUAAGAAGCCCUCCUGUUCUCCACUCAUUACCUGUAUUAACUGCACCUGUUUGAACUCAACCUGUAUAAAAGUCACCUGCCCACACACUCAAUCACACAGACUCCAACCUCUCCACAAUGGCCAAGACCAGAGCCUUAAUCAUGAAGUUUCUUCAAGUGCAGUCGCAAAAACCAUCAAGCGCUAUGAUGAAACUGGCUCUCAUGAGGACCGCCACAGGAAUGGAAGACCCAGAGUUACCUCUGCUGCAGAGGAUAAGUUCAUUGGAGUUACCAGCCUCAGAAAUUGCAGCCCAAAUAAAUUCUUCACAGAGUUCAAGUAACAGACACAUCUCAACAUCAACUGUUCAGAGGAGACUGCGUGAAUCAGGCCUUCAUGGUCGAAUUGCUGCAAAGAAACUGCUACUAUAGGACACCAAUAAGAAGAAGAUACUUUCUUGGGCCAAGACACACGAGCAAUGGACAUUAGACAGGUGGAAAUGUGUCCUUUGGUCUGGAGUCCAAAUUUGAGAUUUUUGGUUCUAACUGCCUUGUCUUUGUGAGACGUGGUGUGGGUGAACGGAUGAUCUCCGCAUGUGUAUUUCCCACCGAAAAGCAUGGAGGAGGAGGUGUUAUGGUGUGGGGGUGCUUUGCUGGUGACACUCUCAGUGAUUUUAUUUCGAAUUCAAGGCACACUUAACCAGCAUGGCUACCACAGCAUUCUGCAGCGAUACGCCAUCCCAUCUGGUUUGCGCUUAGUGGGACUAUCAUUUGUUUUGCAACAGGACAAUGAACGAACACACCUUCAGGCUGUGUAAGGGCUAUUUUACCAAGAAGGAGAGUGAUGGAGUGCUGCAACAGAUGACCUGGCCUCCACAAUCACCCGACCUCAACCCAAUUGAGAUAGUUUGGGAUGAGUCGGACCGCAGAGUGAAGGAAAAGCAGCCAACAAGUGCUCAGUAUGUGGGAACUCCUUCAAGACUGUUGGAAAAGCAUUCCAGGUGAAGCUGGUUUUAUAUUUAUUUUUAUUUCACCUUUAUUUAACCAGGUAAGCCAGUUGAGAACAAGUUCUCAUUUACAACUGCGACCUGGCCAAGAUAAAGCAAAGCAGUGCGAUUAAAAACAACAACAACACAGAGUUACAUAUGAGAUAAACAAAACGUACUGUCAAUAACACAAUAGAAAAUCUAUAUACAGUGUUUGCAAAUGUAAUUGGUUAUGGAGGUAAGGCAAUAAAUAGGCCAUAGUGCAAAAUAAUUACAAUUUAGUAUUAACACUGGAAUGAUAGAUGUGCAGAAGAUGAUGUGCAAAUAGAGAUACUGGGGUGUAAAUGAGCAAAAUAAAAAACAAUAUGGGGAUGAGGUAGUUGGGUGGGUGUCACGGAUUCUGCCGUGGCUGCCCCUCCUCCUUGCUCGGGCAGGCUUUGGCGUUCGUCGUCACCGGAAUCCUAGCUACUGCCGAUCUAUGUUCUAUGUUUCUAUGUUCUACCUGUUGUUGUCUGAUUGUCACACACCUGUUUCCCAUCAUGUAAUUACUCCUUCCCUAUUUAACCUGGUGGCUCCCAUUGUGUUUUGUGUGUGUUUGUUAUUUCGUUUUGUGUGUCGUUUGGUAAGCGGGUUUGCUCCUCCCUGUGUGGAGGUAUUUUGUAUUUGUUUCUUUACUUAUCAGUAAAGUACGUUUUCAUUGAGUUCUGUGUCCUGCGCCUGACUUCGACCCACCGCAUUACACUGACACUCGUGACAGUGGGCUAAUUACAGAUGGGCUGUGUACAGGUGCAGUGAUCGGUAAGCUGCUCUGACAACUGAUGCUUAAAGUUAGUGAGGGAGAUAAGAUUCUCCAGCUUUAGAGAUUUUUGCAGUUCGUUCCAGUCAUUGGCAGCAGAGAACUGGAAGGAAUGGCGGCCAAAGGAUGAAAAUGUAUGCACUCACUAACUGUAAGUCGCUCUGGAUAAGAGUGUCUGCUAAAUGACAAAAAAAAAGAAGAAAAAAAAGGUGUUGGCUUUGGGGAUGGCCAGUGAGAUAUACCUGCUGGAGCGCAUACUACGGGUGGGUGUUGCUAUGGUGACCAAUGAGCUAAGAUAAGGCGGGGAUUUGCCUAGCAGUGAUUAAUAGAUGACCAAGAGCCAGUGGGUUCGGCGACGAAUAUGUAGUGAGGGCCAGCCAACGAGAGCAUACAGGUCACAAUGGUGGGUAGUAUAUGGGGCUUUGGUGACAAAACGGAUGGCACUGUGAUAGACUACAUCCAAUUUGCUGAGUAGAGUGUUGGAGGCUAUUUUGUAAAUGACAUCGCCGAAGUCAAGGAUCAGUAGGAUAGUCAGUUUUACGAGGGCAUGUUUGGCAGCAUGAGUGUAGGAGGCUUUGUUGCGAAAUAGGAAGCCGAUUCUAGAUUUAACUUUGGAUUGGAGAUGCUUAAUGUGAGUCUGGAAGGAGAGUUUACGGUCUAACCAGACACCUAGGUAUUUGUAGUUGUCUACAUAAUUCUAAGUCAGACCCGCCGAGAGUAGUGAUUCUAGUCGGGCGGGCGGGUGCAAGCAGUGUUCGAUUGAAGAGCAUGCAUUUAGUUUUACUAGCGUUUAAGAGCAGUUGGAGGCUACGGAAGGAGUGCUGUAUGGCAUUGAAGCUCAUUUGGAGGUUUGUUAACACAGUGUCCAAUGAAGGGCCAGAUGUAUACAAAUGGUGUCGUCUGCGUAGAGGUGGAUCUGAGAGUCACCAGCAGCAAGAGCGACAUCAUUGAUAUACACAGAGAAUAGAGUCGGCCCGAGAAUUGAACCCUGUGGCACCCCCAUAGAGACUGCCAGAGGUCCAGACAACAGGCCCUCCGAUUUGACACAUUGAAGUCUAUCUGAGAAGUAGUUGGUGAACCAGGCGAGGCAGUCAUUUGAGAAACCAAGGCUAUUUAGUCUGCCAAUAAGAAUGCGGUGAUUGACGGAGUCGAAAGCCUUGGCCAGGUCGAUGAAGACGGCUGCACAGUACUGUCUUUUAUCGAUUGCGGUUAUAAUAUCGUUUAGGACCUUGAGCGUGACUGAGGUGCACCCAUGACCAGCUCGGAAACCAGAUUGCAUAGCGGAGAAGGUAUGGUGGGAUUCGAAAUGGUCGGUGAUCUGUUUGUUAACUUGGCUUUCAAAUACUUUCGAAAGGCAGGGCAGGAUGGAUACAGGUCUGUAACAGUUUGGAUCUAGAGUGUCACCCCCUUUGAAGAGGGGGAUGACCGUGGCAGCUUUCCAAUCUCUGGGGAUCUCAGACGAUACGAAAGAGAGGUUGAACAGGCUAGUAAUAGGGGUUGCGACAAUUUCGGCGGCUAAUUUUAGAAAGAAAAGGUCCAGAUUGUCUAGCCCAGCUGAUUUGUAGGGGUCCAGAUUUUGCAGCUCUUUCAGAACAUCAGCUACAGUGGGGAAAAAAAGUAUUUAGUCAGCCACCAAUUGUGCAAGUUCUCCCACUUAAAAAGAUGAGAGAGGCCUGUAAUUUUCAUCAUAGGUACACAUCAACUAUGACAGACAAAUUGAGAAAAAAAAUUCCAGAAAAUCACAUUGUAGGAUUUUUAAUGAAUUUAUUUGCAAAUUAUGGUGGAAAAUAAGUAUUUGGUCACCUACAAACAAGCAAGAUUUCUGGCUCUCACAGACCUGUAACUUCUUCUUUAAGAGGCUCCUCUGUCCUCCACUCGUUACCUGUAUUAAUGGCACCUGUUUGAACUUGUUAUCAGUAUAAAAUACACCUGUCCACAACCUCAAACAGUCACACUCUAAACUCCACUAUGGCCAAUACCAAAGAGCUGUCAAAGGACACCAGAAACAAAAUUGUAGACCUGCACCAGGCUGGGAAGACUGAAUCUGCAAUAGGUAAGCAGCUUGGUUUGAAGAAAUCAACUGUGGGAGCAAUUAUUAGGAAAUGGAAGACAUACAAGACCACUGAUAAUCUCCCUCGAUCUGGGGCUCCACGCAAGAUCUCACCCCGUGGGGUCAAAAUGAUCACAAGAACGGUGCGCAAAAAUCCCAGAACCACACGGGGGGACCUAGUGAAUGACCUGCAGAGAGCUGGGACCAAAGUAACAAAGCCUACCAUCAGUAACACACUACGUCGCCAGGGACUCAAAUCCUGCAGUGCCAGACGUGUCCCCCUGCUUAAGCCAGUACAUGUCCAGGCCCGUCUGAAGUUUGCUAGAGUGCAUUUGGAUGAUCCAGAAGAGGAUUGGGAGAAUGUCAUAUGGUCAGAUGAAACCAAAAUAGAACUUUUUGGUAAAAACUCAACUCGUCGUGUUUGGAGGACAAAGAAUGCUGAGUUGCAUCCAAAGAACACCAUACCUACUGUGAAGCAUGGGGGUGGAAACAUCAUGCUUUGGGGCUGUUUUUCUGCAAAGGGACCAGGACGACUGAUCCGUGUAAAGGAAAUAAUAAAUGGGGCCACGUAUCGUGAGAUUUUGAGUGAAAACCUCCUUCCAUCAGCAAGGGCAUUGAAGAUGAAACGUGGCUGGGUCUUUCAGCAUGACAAUGAUCCCAAACACACCGCCCGGGCAACGAAGGAGUGGCUUCGUAAGAAGCAUUUCAAGGUCCUGGAGUGGCCUAGCCAGUCUCCAGAUCUCAACCCCAUAGAAAAUCUUUGGAGGGAGUUGAAAGUCUGUGUUGCCCAGCGACAGCCCCAAAACAUCACUGCUCUAGAGGAGAUCUGCAUGGAGGAAUGGGCCAAAAUACCAGCAACAGUGUGUGAAAACCUUGUGAAGACUUACAGAAAACGUUUGACCUGUGUCAUUGCCAACAAAGGGUAUAUAACAAAGUAUUGAGAAACUUUUGUUAUUGACCAAAUACUUAUUUUCCACCAUAAUUUGCAAAUAAAUUCAUAAAAAAUCCUACAAUGUGAUUUUCCUGAUUUGUUUUUCUAAUUUUGUCUGUCAUAGUUGACGUGUACCUAUGUCGAAAAUUACAGGCCUCUCUCAUCUUUUUAAGUGGGAGAACUUGCACAAUUGGUGGCUGACUAAAUACUUUUUUUCCCCACUGUAUCUGAAUUUGUGUGAAGGAGAAGCGGGGGGGGGGAAUGGGCAAGUUGCAGCAGAGGGUGCAGAGCUGGUGGCCGGGGUAGGGAUAGCCAGGUGGAAAGCAUGGCCAGCCGUAGCAAAAUGCUUGUUGAAAUUAUAUUUUUCUUUCAUUGAAGGUUACCAAUAUCUCUCCCUCUUUCUCGCUCUCGCUCUUCACUCUCUCUCUCACUCUCUCUUUCUCGCUCUCUCACUCUGUCUUCCUCUGUAAUUUCACUUCCUGAAUUGAAAAGGAAUUUACCCCGACACUUGUCUGGUAUCCAUAGUAAUGCCUUUCGUGUGUGUGUGUGUCUGUGUGGUAGUGUUGUGUGAGGCGUGCAGGGAGAGACAUGCAGGCAGUCUGUUUUCCCAGGUGACUGAGCUGCUUCCAGUACGUGUGGCCUCCUACAUGUUCCUCCCAGUGGAGGUAGCAUUCUCCAUUGCUAAGAGGUGAGUGACAUACAGUUAGGAGUUUGAGUUAGGAAGUAUACUGUAUAUAUACACUGCCAGUCAAAAGUUUGGGCACACCUACUCAUUCAAGGGUUUUUCUUUAUUUUUGUUUUACAUUUUGGAUUAAUCAGACAUUUCCAUAUAUUUUUGUUAGCUGAAUGUGUGACAUAACUCCACCAGUCCUAUUUAUGAUAUAAUUUACAAAGAUUAUAUCGUUUUUAUUUAUUUUUUUCCAAAAAUAAUGUUUUCUUUAUCAAUUAGUUUAUUUGAGUUUAACCAUAAUAUUUCUUUUAAUAUUUGUUCUGUCUUUUCUGGUGGAUUAAACUGAAAUUGCAACCAACUUUCUAUGGCUUGUUUUAAAAAUAGCAAUAUUUUGGAGAUUAUUUCAUUUUCAAAUAACUGAAAGUGAGAGGUUGUAAUCUGAAUGAAGGGAAAAGGGCCAUUCUAGAACACGGGGUGAGCCAUUCUUACUAGUCUGCUAGAGAACCAGUUCGGAUUUAAGCACUGGUGGAAAAAGUACCCAAUUGUCAUACUUGAGUAAAAGUAUAGAUACCUUAAUAGAAAGUUACUCAAGUAAAAGUGAAAGUCAGCCAGUAAAAUACUACUUGAGUAAAAGUCUAAAAGUAUUUGGUUUUAAAUUUAACUAAGUAUCAAAAGUAAAUGUAAUUGCUCAAAUAUACUUGCUAAAGUAUCACAAGUAAAGUAUAAAACAUCUAGAAUUCCUUAUAUUAAGCAAAGCAGACGGCACCAUUUUCUUAUUUUUAAAAUGUACGGAUUGCCAGGGGCACACUCCAACACUCAGACAUUAUUUACAAAAUAUGCAUUUGUGUUUAGUGAGUCCGCCAGACCAGAGGCAGUAAGGAUGACAACAUGUUCUCUUGAUAAAUGGGUGAAUUUGACCAUUUUCCUGUCCUGCUAAGCAUUCAAAAUGUAACGAGUACUUUUGGUUGUCAGGGAAAAUGUAUGGAGUAAAAAGUAUGUUUUUAUUAGGAAUGUAGUAAAGUAAAAGUAAAAGUUGUCAAAAAUAUAAAUAGUAAAGUUAAGUACAGAUACCCAAAAAAACUACUUUAGUAGUACUUGAAAGUAAUUUUACUUAAAUACUUUACACCACUGGAUUUAAGUAUAGCUUUUGUAUGACUGAAGCCUUUAGUGAGGUCUAAUGCUUUAAUGUUUAAUCAUUUCUGCCCUCCGAAUUCAUAUUUAUUAUAUAAAUAGGCCCGUUUAAUUUUGUCUGGCUUGCCGUUCCAAAUAAAAUUGAAUAUGUUUUGCUCAUUUAAUUAAAAAAACAAGUUGUUAGGUGUCGGCAGAGCCAUAAGCAAAUAGGUAAACUGGGAUAUGACUAAAGAGUUAAUCAGGGUGAUUUUUCCACAAAUAGACAGGUAUUUUUCUUCCAUGAUAGCAAGAACUUAUCUAUUUUUGUUAACUUUCUUUUCAAAUGUAUUGUAGCGAGAUCAUUUCUUUCUUUCGGGAUAUGAAUACCGAGUAUGUCCACUUCACUGUCUGACCAUUUUAUUGGUAAACUACAUGGUAAUGUAAAAGUUGUAUUUUUUUGUGGUCCAAUACUUAAUAUGGUUGUAAUCCAUAGAGGUUAGAACAAUUAUCUAGAUCCUCUAUGAGGCUAUGGAGGGAUCCAAAUUGUGGAUUUAAAAGAAAACAUGAAUCAUCAGCGUACAAUGACAUCUUUGUUUAUAAGCCCUGGAUUUCUAGCCCCUUGAUAUUAUUGUUGGAUCUGAUUUUAAUAGCUAACAUUUCGAUGGUUAUAAUAAAUAGAUAUGCCGAUAGUGGACAACCUUGUUUUACUCCUCUUGACAGUUUAGUACUUUCUGAGAAGUAACCAUUAUUUAUUAUUUUACACCUAGGGUUACUAUACAUAACUUUAACCCAUUGUAUAUGAGAUUCUCCAAAAUAUCAAAGGCCUAUUCAAAGUAAGCUAUAAAUACCAGGCCUGGUUUCCCAGAUUUUUCAUAGUGUUCUAUUGUUUCCAGUACUUGUCUUACAGUGGGGGAAAAAAGUAUUUAGUCAGCCACCAAUUGUGCAAGUUCUCCCACUUAAAAAGAUGAGAGAGGCCUGUAAUUUUCAUCAUAGGUACACGUCAACUAUGACAGACAAAUUGAGGAAAAAAAAUCCAGAAAAUCACAUUGUAGGAUUUUUAAUGAAUUUAUUUGCAAAUUAUGGUGGAAAAUAAGUAUUUGGUCACCUACAAACAAGCAAGAUUUCUGGCUCUCACAGACCUGUAACUUCUUCUUUAAGAGGCUCCUCUGUCCUCCACUCGUUACCUGUAUUAAUGGCACCUGUUUGAACUUGUUAUCAGUAUAAAAGACACCUGUCCACAACCUCAAACAGUCACACUCCAAACUCCACUAUGGCCAAGACCAAAGAGCUGUCAAAGGACACCAGAAACAAAAUUGUAGACCUGCACCAGCCUGGGAAGACUGAAUCUGCAAUAGGUAAGCAGCUUGGUUUGAAGAAAUCAACUGUGGGAGCAAUUAUUAUGGAAGACAUACAAGACCACUGAUAAACCCCCUCAAUCUGGGGCUCCACGCAAGAUCUCACCCCGUGGGGUCAAAAUGAUCACAAGAACGGUGAGCAAAAAUCCCAGAACCACACGGGGGACCUAGUGAAUGACCUGCAGAGAGCUGGGACCAAAGUAACAAAGCCUACCAUCAGUAACACACUACGCCGCCAGGGACUCAAAUCCUGCAGUGCCAGACGUGUCCCCCUGCUUAAGCCAGUACAUGUCCAGGCCCGUCUGAAGUUUGCUAGAGUGCAUUUGGAUGAUCCAGAAGAGGAUUGGGAGAAUGUCAUAUGGUCAGAUGAAACCAAAAUAGAACUUUUUGGUAAAAACUCAACUCGUCGUGUUUGGAGGACAAAGAAUGCUGAGUUGCAUCCAAAGAACACCAUACCUACUGUGAAGCAUGGGGGUGGAAACAUCAUGCUUUGGGGCUGUUUCUCUGCAAAGGGACCAGGAUGACUGAUCCGUGUAAAGGAAAUAAUGAAUGGGGCCAUGUAUCGUGAGAUUUUGAGUGAAAACCUCCUUCCAUCAGCAAGGGCAUUGAAGAUGAAACGUGGCUGGGUCUUUCAGCAUGACAAUGAUCCCAAACACACCGCCCGGGCAACGAAGGAGUGGCUUCGUAAGAAGCAUUUCAAGGUCCUGGAGUGGCCUAGCCAGUCUCCAGAUCUCAACCCCAUAGAAAAUCUUUGGAGGGAGUUGAAAGUCUGUGUUGCCCAGCGACAGCCCCAAAACAUCACUGCUCUAGAGGAGAUCUGCAUGGAGGAAUAGGCCAAAAUACCAGCAACAGUGUGUGAAAACCUUGUGAAGACUUACAGAAAACAUUUGACCUGUGUCAUUGCCAACAAAGGGUAUAUAACAAACUAUUGAGAAACGUUUGUUAUUGACCAAAUACUUAUUUUCCACCAUAAUUUGCAAAUAAAUUCAUUAAAAAUCCUACAAUGUGAUUUUCUGGAUUUUUUUUUCUCAUUUUGUCUGUCAUAGUUGACGUGUACCUAUGAUGAAAAUUACAGGCCUCUCUCAUCUUUUUAAGUGGGAGAACUUGCACAAUUGGUGGCUGACUAAAUACUUUUUUCCCCCACUGUAUAUUAUCACCAAUAUAUCGUCCAUGUAAAAACCCUGUCUGAUUAGGAUUAAUAAUAUCCGACAAUGCCUUUUUAAUUCUAUGUGCUAUGCAUUUUGCUCAAAUUUUUGCAUCACAACACUAAAGUGUAAGGGGCCUCCAAUAUCUUUACGGACUCAAUCUUUAUAUUUACUACCUGGGUCCUGUUUCAGUAAUAAUGAAAUCAGACCUUCUUGUUGAGUAUCUGAUCAUCUACCAUUUUUAUAGGAGUGGUUAAAACAUGCUAAUAACGGUCCUCUAAGUACAUCAAAAAAGGUUUGAUAUAGGUCAACUGGUAUGCCAUCCAGCCCUGGAGUUUUCCCAGACUUAAAGGCUUUAAUUGCAUCAAGAAGUUCCUCCUCUGUAUUUGGGCCUUAAUUAGUCUUUCUCUACAGCUGUUAAUUUUACUUUAAUAUAUUAAUAUAUGUUUUACUAUUUUGUUAAUUAGUCCACUGUGGAUAUUGUCCAAAAUAUUGUGCAUGUCAGCCGUAAAGUUUGCACGUUCGCGUUUUUCGUUAUGAAUCUUGUUCUGGAGGCAGCUCUGCAGAGUGGUCACUUGCUGGCACAGCCACAAAGUCAUAACAUCGGAUUUUUAAACCUAACCUUCACCUUAACCACACUGCUAACCCUAAUGCCUAACCCUAACCUUAAAUUAAGCCCAUGAAUUUUUACAUUAUAGCCAAUUUUGACUUUGCAGCUAGCCCAUCUAGCAGAAAUCGCUCAGUUCUGCCUCCAGGACAAGACUCAUCCCAAUAAAUGUCAACCUUCGUAAAGUUUCAAGAUGGAGCACUUUAGGUAAAAAUAAAAAAGUGUGAUGAUGCUCAGUUUUGCGUCGUAUAUGAAGCAUUUUUCAAAGUGAUCUUUAAAAGAAUAAAAAUUAAAGAAAAUUGCAUGAUGGAAAUUAUACCCAACAUUUAUUUUGUUACUGUAUGAUCCUCUGAGGAUUCCGUAGUUCAUGUCACGUUGAGAGGACUGUAGCAAAAUAAAGCAGAUUUAAUAAACUAACAUGGUCAGGCAUCACUCGUUACAAUAUGUGGUCAGAGUAUCAUUAUUCCUUAUUUGAAGCAUGUUACCUGGUCACCAGCCAAGAGUAAGGCCCCUUUCUUUUUACCAUUAGUCAUUAUGACUGCAGGUAAAAGCCAUGUGGCGGAGCCCUUGCGCUCACCCGUCCAAUCAUGUGUCAUCGGUGAUUACUUCAAGGAAGGAAGAAUAUGAAUGGGCCUAAGGCUUGAUUUUUUUUAUAGCAUUUUUUAUUGUUUUGUACUCAAUGAUGCUAUAGCUAAACAUCAAUGAUUCUAAUGCUAAGCUAUAACUAAACAUCAAUGAUUAUAAUGCUAAGCUAUAGCUAAACAUCCGUGAUGCUAAUGCUAAACUAUAGCUAAAGAUCAAUGAUGCUAAUGCUAAGCUAUAGCUAAACAUCAACGAUGCUAUGUUAAACUAUAGCUAAACAUCAAUGAUGCUAAUGCUAAACUAUAGCUAAUCAUCAAUGAUGCUAAUGCUAAACUACAGCUAAACAUCAAUGAUGCUAAUGCUAAGCCAUAGCUAAACAUCAAUUAUGCUAAGCUAUAGCUAAACAAACCCUUGUGUUGUGAUACUGUACUUCAGGUUCAUUAUCAGGGCGUGUUGGUUUAACACUACAGUAAUACUGUACCUCAGGUUCAUGGAUUGGAUCCCAGAGGUGCCAUCUGACAUACGCUGGCUGUAUGGUUUAGCAGCUGACAUGUCCAGGCAGGCAUGGAAUGGGGGAGCUCAAGAAAUCAACAGGUGUGUUUCCCCAAAUGAUAUAUGUUGUUUUAAUAGGCUACAUGCCUUUUGUUCUUCAAUUAAGAAUUGAAUCAGUCUGUAAGACUAUGUCAUAUACAAAAACAUGUCAUUCCUUUUCAAUGAUUUGAUUCUUAUAACACAAGCAAAGUACCUUGUUUUCUGAGAAAACAACAACAACGGAAUGUUUCUAUCUGUUUGUGUAAUUAGUUGACUCCUGUAUCUGCGAUUCGUAACAGUGCAGACAGAGUACUGUAUAUGGUCAAUUGAAAAGUUACUGUGGUAAAUGUUCAGUCAAUGCAAAUGUCUGGUAUCUACUCAGUGUGUGUGUGUGUGUCUUCUACAGUGAGCCAACAGAAGUCCUCAAAAUGCCACGGUUAAAGAAGUGUCAACAAAACAAAACAUCAACGCACCAAGAACCUUAAGAGGAAUCACUUCGAGUAAAACCGUGCAACAAUACCGAUCUGUUAAACUGCACACCCAUGGAGGACAUUUGUUUUGAUCAAUCUACAUAACACUGAAAAGACAACAGAAUUUUCUUACAAUUAUUUUAUUAACAAGCAUGUGAAAAAUGGAGGGACAAUUCUAGGUAGUAAUGCUCUUCAUAAAUGUAUUUACCAUAAGUAAACAUAAUAUUGCUGAUCAGCACAAGAACACAAUGAAAGAGCUGAUCUCCUCUCUGAGCCAAGGCCGGGAUACAUUCCAUUAAGCCUUAUAACGCGAUUGACAUUUAAAGAUCAUUUCUGAUGUGCAGCGUUUACCGUGAAUGUGGUCUCCCUAAAAGCAGUAUCAUUGCCUUUAAAAGAUGCAUACCAGAAAAGUUUCUUCCUUCUAGGGAGUUCUUUCAUAGUUACCACUGUGCGUCUGCUUUUGCUUCAUCUUCUGGGUUGAGGUUACCUGUAGGUUACCUGUAGGUUACUUGUAGGUUACCUGUAUUUUACUCUAGUUUACCUGUAGGUUACCGUAGUUUACCUGUAGUUGACCUGUAGGUUGCCUGUAGGUUACUGUAGUUUACCUGUAGGUUA